CUGCAAACUUUUGCCUUUUUUUUUUUUUUGAAUCCAAAGAAAUAUCAAUAUCAGUGAUUUUUGUCCACUGCCUGGCGCUUGAAAUGCAGCAAAAAUCCUAAUUCAUCUAACCAGACAUGCGUCAGUGAUCUGCAAAGCCCCUGCACUCAGUGACCCCCCAGCAACGGGAGAUUUUAUAGGAGCUGAGCCCCCCCCCCAAAAAAAAAAAAACCCAUCCUCGUGGCACUGGGUCCUGCAGCCUCGGUCCUUUCAAUGCCUGGUCCCUCCUGGGACUGUUGGCCUUCGCUGGAGAUCAGAGUCCUGCUGUUUGCCAUGGGCUGCAUUCAGAGCAUCGGGGACAAGGCCAAGGUCUUCCGGGACGGCAUCACCGUGACUGAUGUGAAGGCGGCCAUCGACCCCGUGCCCACCAGCAUCGAUGAGUCUUCCAGUGUGGUGCUCCGGUACCGGACUCCCCACUUCCGGGCAUCGGCCCAGGUUAUCAUGCCGCCCAUCCCCAGGAAGGAAACUUGGAUUGUGGGUUGGAUCCAGGCCUGCAGCCACAUGGAGUUCUACAACCACUAUGCGAACCAGGGCAUGUCCAGUUGGGAGCUCCCAGCCCUGCAGGAGGGCCGCAUCGAAGCCAUCAGUGACUCGGACGGCGUGAACUACCCCUGGUAUGGCAACACCACCGAGACAUGCACCAUCGUGGGCCCCACCAGGAGAGACUCCAAGUUCAUGAUCAGCAUGAACGACAACUUCUCCCCCAGCGUCACGUGGGCCGUGCCCGUGAGCGAGAGCAACGUGGCCAGGCUGACCAAGAUCUACCGCAAUCAGAGCUUCACCACGUGGCUGGUGGCCACCAAUAUGACCACCAAUGACAUGCUCAUACUGCAAACGCUGCGCUGGCAUAUGCAACUCACCAUUGAGGUGAAUCCCAACCGGCCCCUGGGCCAGCGCGCCCGCCUGCAUGAGCCCAGCGUGCAGGACCAACCCAAGAUCCUGAGCAAGAAUGAGCCCAUCCCGCAGAGCGCACUGGCCAAACCCAACGCCAAUGAUGCUCAGGUCCUCAUGUGGCGGCCCAAGUAUGGGCAGCCGAUGGUGGUGAUCCCCCCCAAACACCGGUGA